AUGUCAAUACUCAAAAGCAUCAUUGAAGAGAUUGUAGGACUAACUGAAGAUGAAUUCAAAUUGAUCGGAAGUCACAAGAAUGAUAAGUUGGUUGACGAGAUUGUAGGACUAACUCAAGAUGAAAGCAAGUUGCUCGGAAUUAAUAAGAUUGGUAAGUUGGUUCGGUCGCUUAACGAUAUUAAGGCAGCGAUGAUGCGGGGAAUAUUGUUGCUCAAAGUGUUUGAGAAGGCUGGUGUUGCUCUUGAAAAAUACAGGCAAUUAGUACAAAGUGAAGUUUUGGGUGGAGGAGCGGUGAUGCUUUUGGUUGAACGUGGUGGUGGUUAUGGGUUUGAUGUGUCAUUUGGUUACUGGAAUAGGGUGAUGUGCGGUGGUGGUUUUGGGUUUGCAGAGAUGGGUGGCGGGAUUGGGGUGGUAGUCGGGGGGUUUCGUGGUGGUUAUGUUGGUGGUCGUAGACGGUGGUGGUGGUGGUUAGAGGACAAUUUGUUACCCUUACAUAUCCAAGUUCGAAGACAAUGGCUGGAGAAGCACUCAAGCUGUCCUCUUUGCAGGGUUAAGGUCAGUGCUGAUGACCUUACAUACUUCGUGUACUCAACCAUGGAGCUUUUUGUCCAGAGAGAGGAAGACCAUCAUGGUUCUUCGAGAUUUAGCAUUGGAAGCAGCUUUAGGAAAUCUGAAAAGGGUAAGAAAGAAGAAGAAUUUCCCAUCCAAGUAGAUUGUGACAGCGACGAAAAUGAAAAAGCUCUACAUAAGUUCAAUCACAGGAUCAUUAUGUCUGAUGUGGUCCUCAAGAAUAGAUGGAGCAGUGUGAGUUCUUCUGACCUCAUGCUCCUGAAUUCGGAGAUCCUUAAUGCUAUGUCAAGCAAUAGAUUCUCUUCCUUGGAUGUAAAUAAUGAUCAAUCCGCGACACCAAGUGGGGUUGAAGACACAGAAAUUUUGAAGAUCAAGGAGGAGAUGGAGAGGGAGAGAGUGUUUGAGAGCAGGGUCAAUAAAAUCAACCAAACUGAUUCAGAUCUUCCUAACACUUUGGAGUCCAAAAUAAAUCAAAGUCAAACAUCAAGAUUUUUGAAUCCCAACACACACAGAUCGAUGUCAGAUAUAACAGUUCAUCCAAGAUUCACAGAGUUGGGCAUGAGAAAUAGUAAUAGAGACACUUCUCUUCCUGAAAAUAAUGUCAAGGAGGAAAGAUUGAGGAGGCUUUGGUUGCCAAUUGCAAGAAGAACAGUUCAAUGGUUUGCCAAUAGAGAGGAAAGGACACAACAGUCUCGCAACACAAGACACUCGAUGUGUAAUUUUGUUCUGUGCAUCUCAAGCUUGUUUCAAACUCAUCAUAUAUUGAUCACAUUUCCAUGA